CUUUUUCCUUUACCUCUGAAAAAGUGAAAUCUCGAUUCAGCGAGCGAAGCAUGUGAUGAAGCUGAAUUGACGCUUUUACCCCUCACAUUUCCGCGAUUUACACAACGCUUCUCGUUCAUGUUUCCAUAACAACCAGGCAACCAUCGCCAUCAGUGUGCUUGCAGUCUGUUACUUGAGACGACGCCGUUUCCUGAUCAUGGCGGCGGUACCGGAAAGUGAACGCCGCCGCAACGGAGGAGACGCGGCGGAGAAAGUGUUCAGGGGGAGAGAAGAAUUCGGCGACUCAUCCAACUUGUUCAGCACGAUUCUUGCAUUGGCGCUGUGGCUGGGAGCUAUUCACUUCAAUGUCGCGUUGAUCCUCUUUUCCUUGUUCUUCCUUCCUCUCUCCAAAUCGCUCUUGGUUUUCGGUUUUUUGUUUGUGUUUAUGGUGCUUCCUAUGGAUGAGAAGAGCAAAUUUGGGCGAAGAUUGUCAAGGUACAUAUGCAAGCACGUUUGCAAUUACUUUCCCAUCACGCUUCAUGUAGAGGAUAUAAAAGCCUUUGAUCCUAAUCGUGCUUAUGUUUUUGGUUAUGAACCACAUUCAGUUUUGCCGAUUGGCGUUGUUGCACUAGCUGACAACACAGGUUUCAUGCCUCUUCCAAAAGUUAAAGUUCUUGCUAGCAGUGCGGUGUUUUACACACCAUUUUUGCGACACAUAUGGACAUGGUUGGGUCUUACACCAGCUACAAAGAAAAAUUUUAUGUCCCUGUUAGCCUCCGGGUAUAGUUGCAUUUUGAUACCUGGUGGAGUUCAAGAAACAUUUCUCAUGCAGCAUGGCUCUGAGACUGCUUUCCUUAAGGCAAGAAGAGGAUUUGUCCGCAUAGCAAUGGAGAAGGGCCAACCCUUGGUUCCAGUUUUCUGCUUUGGUCAGUCAGAUGUCUAUAAGUGGUGGAAACCAGGCGGGAAGUUCUUUCUGAAAUUUGCGAGGGCUAUCAAAUUCACCCCAAUUUAUUUUUGGGGAGUUUUCGGAUCCCCGAUACCGUUCAGACAUUCAAUGCAUGUGGUAGUGGGUAGACCAAUUGAGCUCGACAAAAAUCCUGAACCAACCACGGAGGAGGUUGCCAAGAUACAUAGUCAGUUUGUGGAUGCACUUCAAGAUCUCUUCGAAAGGCACAAGGCUCGGGCUGGCUAUCCAAACCUAGAGUUAAGAAUUGUUUGAUAAGGCCUUAAUAUCGUCCCAUAUUUUCAUUGGUUUAUUUAUUUACUUUCUAUAUCUUUGUUUGGGGAUGGGGUUGGUGAAUGUAAUUUAGGCUAUGAAUUGUCUGUAGUAAGACUAAAUAUCACCCCCGGGUAAUGGAAUAGAGUUAUAAUGAGAAAUGAGGUGGUAGCCAUCUUUCGUUAGGUUUAUAUAUUAUUUUUUCAAUAUAAAUUAUAUAUUUUAGUUCAUGGGGCACAUUUAUGUCUAGCCUCUUCAGGUGGAGUGUUGUAUUUAUCUUCUGGGAACCUCUGCCACAGCCAGCACAAUAACAAUAGUCCAAUAAUAACCAAUCUAUUUCCUCUAGGCAGGUAGUUAGUUACAUGGAUCAACUAUUAUGUCGUGUCAGGAACAAGUCUUCAAAAAAUUCGUUUAAAUGCCAUCUAGAG